AUGGAACGACUGAAGCAGAUGGAGGAUGACUCCAUCCACAACAUUAGUCAUGCCAGAGGACUUCCUGGUCUUCCUCCUCUUCCUCAAGCCUCUGAGGAACCUUCAGAGCUCUAUCAAAUUAUCCUCAGACACAGUCACCACCCACCCAUUCUCCAGAACACUUCAUGGACCCUAGCUGUCCCUUUUAAGGAGCAAUGUCACCAUCGCACCCCCAGUGAGUCGAUUGGGAACAAUUACAGUCCCCAGGCAAGGGACCUAAAGAUCCGAAACCUACAAAGGAGGCCAGGGGUACUCUCCAACUCUCUUGGAGAUUCUCCUGCUCACAGUAUCCCUUUCAAACCUGUCAACUGAAACAGCAGUAACAGGCUGGACCCUGUGAUCCCCGGUAGCCGACCCAUGACUCCCAAACAGCAGCUGGAUAUUAUGCGCCGCCAAGAGGAACAGACAUGGAGCUUCGAGAAUAAGCUCACAGAAAGAGACCUGGAGAGGUACCUGUACUACAUCUCUAAUGGAGUGCAGAGUCCCAUGCUGGCUCCCCAGCCCCCCCAGCAGAUGAAGAACAUCGUGGGCAAGCUGCCCCCAGUCACAGAGGACAAUAGCAGGGACAUGCACAGGCUCAGGGCCAGCCUUCUGGACGAGGUCAACACCGACUACGACUUCAGCCUCAGAAAGAGCAUAGUGGACUACAUCCUGAAGGACCCAUCAGAGCGCCAGCGCCUCGUCAUCUCCAGCAUCCCCAGGCCUUUCCCCAGGAGGGUGAUCCGUGGGCCUGUGCCCUGGGUGUGCAGCUACAGAGAGGCCCAUGUCUGGCAGAGCCAGCAUCUGUUCACUGUCAACCACAUGAUGGUCCUACUGCAAGAUCUCUGGCUUAACAGCUUCUCCUCCCUGAGGUUUGUGAGACUAAGGGACCUCUUCUCUGCCACUCUUCCCCUCCUACCCAUCGAGUUUGAAGACCUGGUACAAAGACAGUGCCAAAUCACCAGGGACGAUCUGGUCAACAAUUGGCUCCCACGUUGUGCGUCCAUCUUCGUCACCUCCAAAGACCUGUGGCUGCCCCUGGUGCCUGGCAGUGACAUGGUGACACCUGUCAUUGCCCAGGAGUUCUUCUCCUGCGUGGGCACCUUCAUGUCCCUGCAGCUGCGCAGCCUGGUCAUCGCCUCCCUGCACGACCUGUUGAGCUUCUUCAAGGUCCAUCAGGAUGGCAAUGACUUUGGGGAGAAGUUUGAUGAGAUGAGGUACGUUCAGCCCCAGGUGUUGCUGGUCAAGCUGGGGGUGGAGGAACCUCGCAUCAUCUUCCAGCCCAGCCUCCAGAAAUGCUGGGAGCUCCUCCAUAGCAGCUUCAUGGAGAUCAUUAAGAGCGCCCAAAACCUCCAACGGGUGGAGUGUAACCUCUUCCCAGAGAUCCAGGGUCAGGGCCUCUACCUCCGCUCUGUCGGGCCGAACGAGCUGCUGGUCACAGAGCUGCUCAGCCAAGCCAAGAGCAUCUUCCACAAAAACACUGUGGGGCCCCAGAAGUAUUUGAACGUGUAUAAGAAGUACAGCCAUCUCCUGGACAACACAGCAAAGCAGGAUAUACUGGCAUUCCUCAAUGAGAAGCACUCCUUGCAAGGCUUUACCAAGAAAAUCCAAGGUAUUCAGCAGUUGUGGAAGGAGAUAGCCUCCCUGCACAUCACAGUGCCUUUGUCCAUGUUCUGCCUGGAUGCCGUCAGUCUGAACGAUGACCUGUGCGAGAGAGCCAAGAGGCUGGAAGACACACUCAUCAUGUUUGAGGUGGAGGAGAACCGAGAGCUCAACAAGAGCCUCUGUCACCGCUACGAUGAGAUUGCUCAGACCAUCACUGGGGUCCCGGGUAACACAGACGAGCUGGUGGCCCUCAACCAGUACCUGAAGCGGACCAGCGAGGUGACUGUCCACAAGCUGAGGGAUGAGGUCGACGAGGCAGCCAAGCGUCUCAGCUUCCUGCUCGACUACGCUACCCUGCCUGUUGAGGACUUGAAGCUGAACAGCAGUGUUUUCCACUGGCCUGGGCACAUCCUGACUGUGUUUGACCUCAGCAAGAACCGUCAGGCCACCAGGAGAGAACAGGCAGAAGACCGCCUCGGCAAGAGGAUAGCAGAGUUUGAACAGAAACUGCAGGGUGUGGGGAAGGAAGUAGAGUCUUUCAAGAAGAAGGAGCUCAUGAGCCUGGAAGAGAUCAAGAACAAUGUGGAAAAACUCAACGAGCUCACUUCAUGUCUGGAUGCUGCUGUCACUGAACUGGAGGACAUCAACAAAGAGGAGACUCUGCUGGAGAAGGAGUUGAGCCAGUUCCCUGGACUGCAGACCCUGAUGGGCAACAAGCAGCCCUACGAUCAGCUGUGGAACACCGCUCUCAACUUCCAGAACCAGUCAGAGAUCUGGAUGAACGGCCCCUUCGUUCAACUGAACGCAGAGAAGAUCGGUGAUGAGCUGCUCACCAUGUGGCGCACCAUGUACAAGCUGACUAAGUCAUUGUCCGACCUCCCGGGGCCUCGACGCAUCGCAGACAGCUUCAAGAUGAAGAUCGACAAGUUCAAACAGCACCUGCCCGUCCUCACCACCAUCUGUAACCCAGGCAUCAAGGACCGUCACUGGGAGAAGAUCAGCUCCAUUGUGGGCUUUGACAUCAAACCAGAUGUGGACACUUCACUGCUCAACAUGCUGGACCUCGGCCUGUCCAAGUUCUCUGACAAGCUGGAGGAGAUCGGAGCCUCAGCCAGUAAGGAGCACUCUCUGGAGAAAGCCAUGGAGAAAAUGAAGACCGAAUGGGCUGAACUCCGCUUGGCCUUCACUGCCUACAGAGACACGGGCACGAGUAUCGUAUCUGCAGUGGAUGACAUUCAAGUUCUCCUGGACGACCACGUCAUUAAGACCCAGACCAUGCGUGGGUCACCCUUCAUCAAGCCUAUAGAGGCUGACUGCAAGCAAUGGGAGGAGAAGCUGCUGUCGAUGCAGGACAUCCUGGACUCCAUGUUGAAGUGCCAGGCCACCUGGCUGUACCUGGAGCCUAUCUUCAGCUCCGAGGACAUCAUCGCCCAGAUGCCGGAGGAAGGCCGCAAGUUUGGCAUCGUCGACAGAUACUGGAAAGACAUCAUAGCAGAGGCGGUGAAGGACACGCAUGUGCUGGUGGCCACCGCCCAGCCCAACAUGCUUGGGAGGCUGCAGGAGGCCAACGUGUUCCUGGAGGACAUCCAGAAAGGACUCAACACCUACCUGGAGAUGAAGAGACUUUACUUUCCCAGGUUCUUCUUCCUGUCCAACGAUGAGCUUCUGGAGAUCUUGUCAGAGACCAAGGACCCCAUGCGUGUCCAGCCUCACCUGAAGAAGUGUUUUGAGGGCAUAGCCAAGCUGGAGUUCAGCGAGGACAUGGAGAUCACUGGCAUGAUCAGCUCAGAGAAAGAGAUGGUGCCCUUCAGUGAGAAUAUAAACCCUGCCAAGUCCAAGGGCAUGGUGGAGAAAUGGCUGCUGCAAGUGGAGAAAAUGAUGCUCCGGAGUGUCAGAGAUGUCAUCCACCAAGGAGUGGACGAGUAUGUUCAGGUGCCCAGGAAGAAAUGGGUGUUGCAGUGGCCAGGGCAAGUUGUCAUCUGUGCCUCCUCCAUCUUCUGGACCAGCGAGGUGUCUCAGGCCAUCCAGACCAACACCCUUCCUGCCUAUGUGGAUCAGAGCAAUGCCCAGAUUGCGGAUAUAGUGGAGCUUGUGAGAGGGAAGCUCCCAGGAGGAGCCAGGAUGACCUUAGGAGCUCUCACUGUCAUCGAUGUGCACGCUCGAGACGUGGUGGUCAAGCUGGCGGAGGACCGCAUCUCCUCCCUCAACGACUUCUCCUGGAUCUCCCAGCUGCGCUACUUCUGGGAGGGCGGAGACGUGCUGCUGCGCAUGAUCACCACCCAGGUCAAGUAUGGUUACGAGUACCUCGGGAACUCCACCCGGCUGGUCAUCACGCCGCUCACUGACCGCUGCUACAGAACACUGAUGGGUGCUCUGAAGCUGAAUCUGGGGGGUGCCCCCGAGGGGCCUGCAGGGACAGGCAAGACAGAGACCACCAAGGAUCUGGCCAAGGCUCUGGCCAAGCAGUGUGUUGUGUUUAACUGUUCUGAUGGCCUGGACUACAAGGCCAUGAGUAAGUUCUUCAAAGGACUGGCUCAGUCUGGAGCUUGGGCUUGCUUCGACGAGUUCAACCGUAUUGAGGUGGAGGUGCUGUCUGUAGUGGCCCAGCAGGUGUUGAGUAUCCAGCAGGCUAUUGCCAGAGACCUGAAGACCUUUAUGUUUGAGGGGACCGAGUUGAAUCUGAACCCCACCUGUUCAGUCUUCAUCACCAUGAACCCUGGCUACGCUGGACGAGCAGAGCUCCCUGACAACCUCAAGGCUCUUUUCCGUACUGUGGCUAUGAUGGUGCCAGACUAUGGUCUUAUUGGAGAGAUUUCCCUCUACUCUAUGGGCUUCAUAGAGUCUCGCAGCCUUGCCCAGAAGAUCGUGGCUACCUAUCGCCUGUGCUCGGAGCAGCUGUCCUCUCAGCACCACUACGACUACGGCAUGCGUGCAGUGAAAUCGGUUCUCACUGCCGCGGGGAACCUGAAACUGAAGUACCCAGAGGAGAACGAGAGUGUGCUGCUGCUCAGGGCUCUGCUGGAUGUCAACAUGGCCAAGUUUCUGGCCCAGGACGUGCCUCUGUUUCAGGGCAUCAUAUCAGAUCUCUUCCCUGGGGUUGUCCUGCCUAAACCAGACUAUGAGCUCCUCCUUCAGGCUUUGAAUGACAACAUAGCUAAACUCAAGCUCCAGCCAGUUCCGUGGUUCAUAGGCAAAAUCAUCCAGGUGUAUGAGAUGAUGCUGGUGCGCCAUGGCUUCAUGAUCGUAGGAGACCCUCUGGGAGGAAAAACCUCCGCUUAUAAAGUGCUCGCUGGUGCCCUUGGAGACCUGUUUGAUGCCAAACUGAAUGAGGAGUAUGCUGUGGACUUCCGUAUCAUAAACCCCAAGGCCAUCACCAUGGGUCAGCUGUACGGUUGUUUCGACCCGGUCAGCCACGAGUGGUCAGACGGGGUUCUGGCUGUGUCGUUCAGGGAGCAGGCUGUCUCUAUCUCCGACAACCGCCAGUGGAUCAUCUUUGAUGGACCCAUCGACGCCGUGUGGAUUGAGAACAUGAACACAGUUCUGGAUGACAACAAGAAGCUGUGCCUGAUGAGUGGGGAGAUCAUCCAGAUGAGUGCCAAGAUGAGUCUGAUCUUCGAGACAGCAGACCUGGAGCAGGCCUCCCCAGCCACAGUCAGCAGGUGUGGGAUGAUUUACAUGGAGCCUCACCAGCUGGGCUGGGCUCCUCUCAGAGACUCCUACAUGGACACGCUGCCUGAGAGCCUGGGCACAGAACACAGGGACCUGAUUGUGGAAAUGUUCGACUGGCUCGUUCAGCCGUGCCUGGACUAUAUUGCCAGAGAGUGUCGUUUCCUGGUGCAGACGUCGCCUAUUCAUCUGGCCUACAGUCUGAUGAGGCUGUUCACCUGUCUCAUAGAUGAGAUUGCUGAGUCAGGAGCCAAUGAAACGGAGCCCAUGUCCGAUCAACAGGUGACCAUGUGGCUGCAAGGCCUGUUCCUAUUCGCUGUGGUGUGGAGUCUGGGCGGGACCAUCAACGGGGACAGCCGGAAGAAGUUUGACGCGUUCUACCGCAACCUGAUCAUGGGCAUGGACGAAGGGCAUCCUCGGCCCAAGACGAUCAAACUCUCCAAAAGCAACCUCUUCCCUGAGAGAGGCACCGUCUACGACUACUAUUUCCACAAGCAGGGACUUGGGCAAUGGAAUGCGUGGACUGACUCCAUCACGAAGGAAGAGAGCAUCAUCCCUGCUUCAGCCAAUGUGUCGGACCUCAUCAUCCCCACCAUGGAGACGGCCCGCCAGGUGUUCUUCCUGCGCACCUACGUGGCUCAUGAGGUGUCCACGCUGUUCGUGGGGCCCACUGGCACGGGGAAGUCUGUCAUCAACAACAGCUUUCUGCUCAAGCUCCCCAAGGAGAAGUACACGCCCAACUGUAUCAACUUCUCAGCCCGCACCUCGGCCAACCAGACCCAGGACAUCAUCAUGGCCAAGCUUGACCGCAGGAGGAAGGGGGUGUUUGGGCCUCCCAUGGGCAAGAAGUGUGUCAUUUACGUGGAUGAUCUCAACAUGCCAGCUAAAGAGAUCUAUGGUGCCCAGCCCCCUAUAGAGAUAUUGAGACAGUGGAUUGACCACUACCACUGGUACGACAAGAAGGACACAACCAGGCAGGACCUGAUGGAUGUGCUGUUUAUGUCGGCUAUGGGGCCCCCUGGUGGAGGAAGGAAUGACAUCACAGGUCGUUUCACUCGUCACUUGAACAUUGUUUCUAUUGACUCCUUCGAUGACGAGACACUGAGCAAGAUAUUCACCUCCAUCACUGACUGGCACUUUGGAACAGGAUUUGAUGCUGCUUUCUACAGGCUGGGGAAGAUCAUGGUUCAGGCCACCAUGGCUCUCUACAAGGACACGAUCGACAGCUUCCUGCCCACCCCCUCCAAGUCCCACUACAUUUUCAACCUGAGAGAUUUUUCUCGAGUAAUCCGAGGAGUCCUGCUGUCUCCACACACACACCUCCAGGAGGGAGACAAGCUGAUCCGUCUGUGGAUCCACGAGGUCUACCGAGUCUUCUACGACCGCCUGAUAGACAGGGAGGACCGGGACACGUUCUUCAACAUCGUCAAGGAGAGGACCUCGGGCUACUUCAAGCAAAGCAUGGACAAGCUCCUGAGCCACCUCACCCCGUCAGGUAAGGUGACGGACGAGACCAUCCGCAGUCUGUUCUUCGGGGACUACGCCAAGCCCGAUGCCGACAACAAGGCCUACGACGAGAUCACAGACAUGCACAGCCUGACCGAGGUCAUGGAGUACUACCUGGACGAGUUCAACAACGUCAGCAAAGCUCCCAUGUCUCUGGUCAUGUUCAAGUUUGCCAUCGAGCACAUCUCCCGCAUCUGCCGUGUGCUCAAGCAAGACAACGGCCACCUGCUCCUGGUGGGCAUCGGAGGGUCGGGGCGCCAGAGCGCCACCAAGCUGGGCACGUUUAUCAACGACUUCGACCUGUUCCAGAUCGAGCUGACCAAGAACUACAGCGUGUCGGACUGGCGCGACGACCUGAAGAGAGUCAUGCUGAAGGCGGGGAUCGAAGGCAAGAGGACCGUGUUCCUGUUCAACGACAGCCAGAUCAAAGACGAGGCCUUCGUGGAGGACAUUAACAUGCUGCUCAACACGGGCGACGUGCCCAACAUCUUUCCCGCCGACGAGCGCGCCGACAUCAUCGAAAAAGCGCAGGGCAUCGCCAGGAUGGAGGGCAAGAAGAUCGACGCCACACCGCUGUCCUUGUACAACUACUUUAUCGACCGCAUCAAGGCAAACCUUCACAUUGUGCUAGCAAUGAGUCCCAUCGGUGACGCGUUUAGAAACCGCCUGAGGAUGUUCCCGUCGCUCAUCAACUGCUGCACCAUCGACUGGUUCCAGGCCUGGCCUGAGGAUGCUCUGGAGAUGGUGGCCCACAAGUUCUUAGAGGAUGUGGAACUGGAGAGCAGCAUAAGAGAGAAGGUGGUUGAAAUGUGUAAGAUCUUCCAGGAGACCGUGAGAGAGAUGUCAGAGAAAUACUUUUCCAGACUGAGGAGACACAACUAUGUGACUCCAACCUCCUACCUGGAGCUCAUCCUCACCUUCAAGACCCUCCUCCAGUCCAAGAGGGACGAGGUGGACACUGUGAAGAACCGCUACAUUAUUGGUCUGCAGAAACUGGACUUUGCUGCAUCUCAGGUGUCAGUGAUGCAGAAGGAGCUGACAGCCCUUCAGCCGGAGCUCAUUCAGACCUCGGCCGAGACUGAGAAGAUGAUGGUGAAGAUUGAGAAGGAGACCGUGGAGGUGGACGCCAAAAAAGAACUGGUGUCUGCUGACGAGAAGGUGGCCAACGAUGCAGCUGCAGCUGCCAAAGCCAUCAAGGAUGAAUGUGAGGGGGACCUGGCGGAGGCCAUGCCGGCCCUAGAGGCUGCUCUGUCAGCCCUGGACACCCUGAAGCCCUCUGACAUCACAGUGGUCAAAUCCAUGCAGAACCCUCCAGGCCUGGUCAAGCUGGUCAUGGAGUCUAUCUGUGUCAUGAAGGGUAUCAAAGCAGAGAGGAAGCCUGACCCUGGUGGCUCUGGUAAGAUGAUAGAGGACUUCUGGGGUCCCUCCAAGAAGCUCCUGGGAGACAUGAAGUUCCUGGAGAACCUCAAAGCCUACGACAAAGACAAUAUCCCCCCUGCUAACAUCAAGAUGAUCCGUGCAAAAUUCAUUGACAACCCUGAGUUCCAGCCAUCCAUCAUCAAAAACGUCUCCUCUGCCUGUGAAGGCCUUUGUAAGUGGGUGAGGUCCAUGGAGGUGUACGAGCGGGUGGCCAAACUGGUGGCGCCCAAGAAGGAGAGGCUGAAGGAGGCCGAGGAUGAGCUGUCUGUGCAGAUGAAAAUGCUGUCUGUGAAGAGAGCUGAGCUAAAGGAGGUGGUGGACAGACUCCAGAGCCUCAACGAUAACUUUGAGGCCAUGAACAACAAGAAGAAAGAGCUGGAAGACAACAUUGAGCUGUGCUCUCAGAAGCUCAUUCGGGCGGAGAAGCUGAUUGGUGGACUGGGCGGGGAGAAGGAUAGGUGGACAGAAGCCGCAAGGCUUCUUGGGAUAAGAUACACCAACCUGACAGGUGAUGUGCUCCUCUCCUCCGGGUCUGUGUCCUACCUUGGGGCCUUUACAGUAGAUUACCGUGUGGAUUGCCAGCGUCAGUGGCACCAGCUCUGCCAGCAGAAGAUGGUGCCAUGCUCUGAGGACUUCACCCUCAGCAACACCCUGGGAAACCAAGUGUCCAUUCGUGCGUGGCAGAUUGCGGGCCUACCCGUCGACUCGUUUUCAACCGACAACGGUAUCAUCGUGUCCAACUCGCGCCGCUGGCCCCUCAUGAUUGACCCCCAGGGCCAGGCCAACAAGUGGAUCAAGAACAUGGAGAAAGCCAACAAGCUGGCUGUCAUCAAGCUCACGGACGGGAACUACAUGAGAACCCUGGAGAACUCCAUCCAGUUUGGCACGCCCGUUCUCCUGGAGAAUGUCGGGGAGGAACUAGAUGCCGUAUUAGAGCCUGUGCUGCUGAAGCAGACCUUCAAGCAUCAAGGGGUGGAGUACAUGAAGCUAGGCGAGAACAUUGUGGAGUACUCCAAAGACUUCCUGUUCUACAUGACCACGAGUUUGAGGAACCCUCACUACCUCCCCGAGGUGGCUGUAAAAGUCUGCCUGCUCAACUUCAUGAUCACCCCUCUUGGCUUACAGGACCAGCUCCUUGGGAUCGUAGCAGCCAAGGAGAAGCCGGAACUGGAGGAGAAGAAGAACGAGCUCAUUCUGGCGAGUGCUGCUAACAACAAGCAGCUGAAAGAGAUCGAAGACAAGAUCUUGAAGGUGCUCUCCUCCUCUGAGGGUAAUAUUCUAGAAGAUGAAACGGCCAUCGAGGUCUUAUCCUCUUCCAAGAUCCUGUCUGAGGACAUUUCAGAGAAGCAGAAGAUCGCCAACGUCACAGAGAAGGAGAUCGACGACACCCGCAUGGGUUACAGGCCCGUGGCUGAGCACUCCUCCAUCUUGUUCUUCUGUAUCUCAGAGCUAGCCAACCUCGAGCCUAUGUACCAGUACUCACUUACAUGGUUCAUCAACCUCUACAUACAGUCAAUCACCCAGAGCUUAAAAAGUGACGACCUGGCUACCAGGAUUGACAACAUUGUGGAUCACUUCACCAUCAGCAUCUACAACAACGUUUGCCGCUCGCUGUUUGAGAAAGACAAGCUGCUCUUCUCCCUGCUGCUCACUGUGGGGAUCAUGCAGGGGAAAGGCAAGGUGGAUGACACAUGCUGGCGCUUCCUCCUAACAGGCGGCAUUGCACUGGACAACCCACAUCCCAACCCUGCUCCGGAGUGGCUCUCUGACAAGUCCUGGUCGGAGAUAGUCAGGGCUUCCAAGCUACCAAACCUGGGUGGCUUACUUGAGCACGUCAAAGAGAAUGUUCCCAAAUGGAAGAAAAUCUAUGAUUCUGGGAGGCCUCAUGAGGAGGAGCUUCCAGACCAGUGGAAGAGUCUGGUGGGGAUGGACCUCAUGGUGGUUCUGAGAUGCUUCAGGCCGGAUAAGCUGGUCCCGGCAGUGCAGGAGUUCAUCGUGAACAAUAUGGGCCGUACCUACAUCGAGCCGCCCACCUUCGACCUGGCGGGGAGUUACAGCGACUCUAACUGCUGCUCUCCUCUCAUUUUCGUGCUCUCGCCUGGAUCGGAUCCGACCGCAGGGCUUCUGAAGUUUGCUGACGACCUGCAGAUGGGGGGCAGUAAGACCAAGACCAUCUCCCUGGGGCAAGGCCAAGGGCCAAUAGCGGCCGUGAUGAUCAUGAGUGCCCUCAAGGAGGGCACCUGGGUGGUGCUGCAGAACUGUCACCUGGCCACCAGCUGGAUGCCCAGCCUGGAGCGGAUCUGUGAGGAGGUCAUCACCCCCGACAACACCACACCCACCUUCAGGUUAUGGUUGACCAGUUACCCAUCGGACAAGUUCCCUGUCAGUAUUCUGCAGAAUGGUGUGAAGAUGACCAACGAGCCUCCCAAGGGAGUGAGAGCCAACCUGCUGCGCUCCUAUCUCAGUGACCCCAUCUCCGACCCCGCCUUCUUCUGCAGCUCAAAGAAACAAGCCGCCUGGCAGAAUCUCCUGUUUGGGCUGACCUUCUUCCAUGCUCUGGUACAGGAGAGGAGAACCUUCGGACCGUUAGGUUGGAACAUCCCGUACGAGUUCAAUGAGUCUGACCUUAGGAUCAGUAUGAGGCAGAUCCAGAUGUUCCUGGAUGAAUACGAGGAGAUUCCUCUGGAGGCUCUCUCCUAUCUGACAGGUGAAUGUAACUACGGUGGCAGGGUGACAGAUGACAAGGACAGGCGUCUGCUGCUGUCUCUGUUGUCCAUCUUCUACAACAAGGAGCUGAUCGAGCAGGAGUGCUACCGCGUGUGUGAAGGAGACCUGUUCUACGUCCCACCUCAGGGCCCCUACCAGACCUAUGUGGAUUACAUCCGCAACCUUCCAAUCAACGCUGACCCUGGAGUGUUUGGUCUCCACAGCAACGCUGACAUCACUAAGGACAACCAGGAGACCAAUCAGCUGCUUAAUGGAGUGUUACUGACUCUACCCAGGCAGUCAGGGGGUGGAGCUAAGUCUCCUCAGGAAGUGGUGGAUGAACUUGCAGCAGACAUCCUGUCCAAGUUGCCAGCAAAUUUUGAUGUAGAAAUGGUGAUAAUCAAAUACCCAGUGAUGUAUGAUGAGUCCAUGAAUACUGUGUUGAGACAGGAACUGAUCCGCUUCAACAGGCUUACCCAGGUGGUGCGUGUGAGUCUGGUGAACAUCGGCAAGGCCCUAAAGGGUCAAGUGGUAAUGUCUGCUGAGCUGGAGAAUGUUUUCAACAGUAUGCUGGUGGGCAAGGUGCCUGUUAUGUGGGCAUCCAAGUCCUAUCCUUCUCUCAAGCCACUAGGGAGCUACGUGGCUGACCUCUUAGCCAGGCUGCAGUUCUUACAGGACUGGAUAGAUCAUGGACCACCUCCAGUUUUCUGGGUCUCUGGAUUCUACUUCACUCAAUCCUUUCUUACUGGAGUGUCUCAGAACUUUGCCAGGAAGUACACUGUGCCUAUUGAUUACAUUGGCUUUGAAUUUGAGGUUACCAAGCAGGAGACCCACAUGAAGGAGAAGCCAGAUGACGGCGCCUAUGUCAAGGGUCUUUUCCUGCAGGGGGCGCGCUGGGACAGAGAAAAGAUGGUCAUCGGAGAGUCUCUCCCCAAGAUUCUCUUUGACCCCCUGCCCAUCAUCUGGCUUAGACCUGGAGAGAUGUCUAAGUUCUUGCAUCAGAACAUCUACGUGUGCCCCGUGUACAAGACCAGCGCCCGACGAGGUACCCUGUCCACCACGGGACACUCCACCAACUACGUCUUGCCGAUUGAGCUGCCCUCCGACCAGCCGCAGAAACACUGGGUCAACCGUGGAGUGGCGUGUCUGUGUCAGCUGGAUGACUAAAGAACACCUGAGGUAGUUGGAGCUAUGACAAACCAAAAGUGAACUCCCUCCCUGAAAGGCCUAAUAAAGAUACUGUAUGCAGUAGAAUUUUUUUCUUUUUCUUACAAUUUGCCAAGACAUCAUAGAUUGCUUUACAAAAUAUGUUUA